AUGAAAUUCAACUCGCCUAUUCCCCACAACCUCCCAAAGGAAUGCGAGAAAGCGUCAAGGAUCUUCAAGUCCUUUGUAGACGGCGGUAAUAACGGGCUCGACGGCGUCGUACCGCGUAGUGUUCUCGAGAAUGCUAAAGGCUUCGCCAUCUUCACCGUCUUCAAGGCCGGCUUCUUGUUCUCAGCCCGCGCAGGCAGCGGCGUGGUCAUUGCCCGUUUGUCGGACGGAGCGUGGUCGGCCCCGAGUGCCAUUGGAACCGCGGGUCUCGGGGUCGGCGGCCAGGCCGGCGCAGAGAUGACUGACUUUCUCGUCGUGCUAAACUCUCGAUCUCAAUCCUUCAUGGCUGCGGGAAAUGUGACGCUUGGCGGUAAUCUUAGUGUCGCCGUGGGUCCGCUUGGCCGAAACGGGGAAGCGAUCGGAUCCGUUAACACGAGCGGAAAGGUUGCUGCUAUGUACAGCUACUCAAAGACCAGAGGCUUGUUCGGCGGCGUGUCUCUCGAGGGAUCGGUUAUAGUAGAGCGCCAAGAUGCCAAUGCGCAAGCUUAUCGUUCCGACGUAUCUGCCAAGCAGCUCUUGAGUGGUGCUAUUGAGCCUCACGCGUGGGCCCAAGUUCUCAUUAGGACGCUUGAGAACUGCACAGGUAUGCCGGGUAACCGUCAAUGGGUCAAAGAGCUCAAUCGUAAUCGCGACGAUGAUUACAUGUUCGACAAUGUGGAGAGCCCGCGCGAAGAGAGCGGCGGUAGAGGGCAAAAUAAGAAGCGGCCCGGCAUGAGCUCCAGGAAUAGCAGCUAUUUUGACUUCAGCGAGAACACCGAUCCUCACCGCGAAUGGCGUACUGGUAUGAACACCAAAUUCGGUGACAGCAGCGGAUCAUUGGAGAGCCGCCCCAGAGCUUCAACCUACGCUGGUAGGAGCAGGGACGAACCAACUACCGACUACUUCGAUACCAGAUUCGAGUCAGACUACAGACCAGACGAUGAGCCCCGCAAUAUUCGUCGUCGUGGGGAUUCUAUCCCUGCUACUGGGACAGACUAUCACUUCACCGGUAUCGGCUCCAACUCCCCCUCUCACAGACGUUCCGUGAGCACAUAUACACCGCCGACGUCGUCCCGCUUUGGCAAAGCGAGUAUCCGAGGCAGCAGUCCUCCACCGCCUAGACUGACGCCUAAAAUGGAGUUGACUCGACCUUUGAAGCCUCAUGAAGGUAUUGCAAGGGCCAUUGCGCUGUUCGAUUUCAAUGCUGUUCAGUCGGGAGAUCUGUCAUUCAAAAAGGGCGAAGUCAUUACAGUCACCGAGAUGAGCGACAACACAGAUACUUGGUGGACUGGUAAGCUGGAAGGCCGUACAGGAUCGUUCCCUGCCAAUUUCGUCGAAGUUGUUUGA